AUGAAUCAUAAUGAUAUUUAUAAACCACCUGAUGGUCGUCUCGGUAUAUCGCUUCACAGUGUAAGUUAUUUAGGAGAUGAUGAUGAAAUUUAUACACAUAAUUAUAUACAUACUGUAUUAUCUGAUGAAAUUGUUGGACUUGAUGGAAAAUUAAAACGUGGUGAUGAACUUUUAGAAGUUAAUAAUAAAAUUUUAUAUAGAAAAGAUGAUACGUAUGUUAUAAAAAUUCUUAAAUCUGUUAAACAUCAAAUAAAACUUGUAUGUGCUCGUCGUAAAAUUCAGCAAUUUAAUGAAAUAAAUCCAAAAACAAAUCCAAAACGUUCUCGUUCAACAUCAUUUGAUAAAACAACUGAAAUUGUUCAUAAAGCUAAAAGUAUGGAAACAUUACAUUUAACAGAUGAUAUUUUAUCUAUUAGUAAAAGAAAAACAACAGCACAAACAACGAAUAAUCAUAAAGUAAGAAUUUUAUAAAUAGAUAUUUAAAUUUUAUGUAAAAUUAUAUAUUUUUAAAGUCGAUGUUUUAUUAUUCGAAUUGAAUAAAUAACAAUCGAGAUAGACUAAACUCAUAUUAUAUUUCCGGUCCUAUUAUACGAGAUUUUUACAAUUUAUCAAAUAAAUACAUAUGUAUUUUUC